CUUGAGUUGAGGAGGUGCGUCCAAACUUUGCGCACACUGUCUGUGAAGUUUUAACGUCAGUAUAACAUUAACCCUGGGAGUUUCCAGCUCCCCGACUGAUUGAUCAUGCUCAUUGGAGAAGAAAGAUAAGACGAUAAUUAAAAAGCCGGACUAGAUGUGACUCAUAUGAAUUAUGUUUAUCUGACUGGGAGUGCGCUCCUCCGGCCAGUGGUGGAUAUAUGGUGGACUCAGGAAGCCGCGACGUUUCUAAUAUAUUUUGCCUCUGCGGAAUUAAUUCGUAACCAUUGAGAUGGAGCACCGUAUCUUGUUGACAUGGAUGCUGUUAUGCAUUUCUUUGCGUCCUUUGGCGUCACAGGAUUCCCUAUCACAAGGAGUGCUGAACUGCUGCGAGGGUGACGUCCUCUUCUUGGUGGAUUCCUCAGGGAGUGUGUCGUCUUAUGAGCAUUCCCGCAUGCUUACGUUCCUGUCUGAGCUACUCCUCCCUUUCUCACUGGGAGAGGAUCAGGUGAGGGUGGGACUUCUGCAGGUUGGCACCAAACCACGCCUCGAAUUUGGCUUUGACAAAUAUACCACCCAAAGUGGCCUCCAGGGGGCUUUGAGCAGCAUCAGACCUCUCAGGGGAGACACCAACACGGUAGAGGCGCUGAAAAUUGCAAAGGAGUGGGUGCUGCAACCCGGAACGACGGGUGGGGCCCGGGGAGGGCUUCCCAGAGUGCUGGUGUGGUUGACUGAUGGGGUGAAACCUGGCGAUGUGAUUGGACCAAUGACUAAAUUGAAGGAAGAGGGUGUAGCUGUGUUGGUAGUGUCCACCGGGCACAGCAACUAUCAGGUGUUGAGGCAAGUGGUGAGCCCACCUGUGGAAAACCACCUGUACUUUGUGGACAUUGAUGACAUGAGCAUAAUCACAGAGGACCUGCGGGAUGCGAUAAUUGAGAUCAUCCGAGCUAAGCGACUCAAUGUCCGAGAUGUCUCUACCAAUUCUGCCACCCUCCAGUGGCGACCCGUUCUGUCUGGACUGAGGGGCCACUACGAGAUCCGCUUCAGUCAGGUUGUGACAGGAGUUGGAGGUGGCGGUGGAAAUGGGACCAGUCCUACCUAUGGUGGAAACCCAUACACAAGAAUUAUUCAGCCAGCAGACUCAAGCACUGCCACGCUAACAGGCCUGAAGCCUGACACCACCUAUACAGCGACACUCAUCCCAGAGACCAAUGAACAAGCAUUUAACAGUCUCUCUGUCACCUUCAAAACAAAGCAAGAGGUGCUGAGCCCAGCUGUGGUAACAGUCUCUGAGUCUGGGCCAACCAGCGUUCGGGUGAGUUGGGGUCCUCUUCAGCCAGAAUUGGUGACAAGUUACUCCGUUGAAUACUCUGCUCUGCCCACGGGCAAGCCCCACACUGUCAGGGUGGGCCCGUUGCAAGACUCUACCAUGCUCAGAGACCUCCAACCGGACACUACUUAUUUGGUCACUAUUAGCGCCCAGCACACUUCAGGAAACAAGAGGGCAAUGUCUGUCAAAGUGUGCACUGAAGAAGUGACUCCAGCCCUGGCAGACCUUCAGCUCACCACAGUGGGGAGUGACUCAGUGCAGGUAGACUGGAAGGGUAGUGUGGCGGGUCUGAGGGGCUACUGGCUCACCUGGGAGGGACAGCAAAGCUCUACACCUGGCCAGCGCUCCUCCUUCUAUCUGCCGCCUGACUCUCUGUCAACACGUCUCACACACCUCCCCCCUUUGGCUAGGGUGUGUGUAUCACCCAUUUACCGGACUGCACGGGGAGAGGGGCUGUGUUGCACAGCCCAGUUUCAUUCAGAUUCUUUUGCAUAUCACUACGGAUUAUAGCCUGCCAAAGCUGCAAGUGCACCUUACCAAACAUGGAGGGACUAUGGCGUGAAGAACGCUGACUUUCAUCCAUAAUUCUUUUCCUUGCCUCUCCCCUCCAUGGACGUUGUCCAGGACAGAUGUGUGGUUUGGCUCACUGAGUGCUCAUGUGGAAGCCAUAGACACUGAAGAGUGGUCUUGUACAAUAUGACCACUUGUUGACUACAAUGAUCUGCACCACAGAGGGAAUCUGUUUUCAGUUUUUAAUUGUCUCAUCUGGUCUACACCUGUAGUAAAUGUAUAAUGCUUCACUUUAAAGCUAGAAGCUUGAGAAACAAAUAUGCUUUCCAGAUCCAGAGCAGGGAACGCUGGGAAUGUUAGUGCUUUAUGUGGCUUGUUUUGGGCAAGGGCUUUAUACCAUAUGUGGGCCAUGUGUCCAAUUCAGAUUUUUUAUUUUUUUUUUCCAGAGACAACAUCUGAUUUACAUUUAGAAUGAGUAAUUUUGACUUGUACUUAAAUAACUUUUCUUUCAGCACAUGCUUGACAGCAUAGGAUACUUGCGUGUGCACACCAGAGUGCAACCCCAGCAUUUAAAUGUAGUCCUUCAUAACAGAACAUACAGGAUUGUUUUGAACUUUGAAGAAAUCAUAAACAGACCAACCACAUGCCCUGAAACUACAGAGAUGCAGUAUUUUAUUCAGGUAUGUGUAACUGAAAGAGACAUUGUAUGUAUAUCUGGACACAGAUAUUUCAUUUGUAUUUAUUAAUCAGAAAUCGUGUAAUUAUGAGGCAACCACUGGCAUCUGUUGUGGCUUAAGAGUAUUUACGGACAUGCUGUUUACGUUUUAAGACUGUUACUUUUUUUUACAGCCAGUCUUUGCUGCCCCCUACUGAAAGGAUCCUUUCAAGCAUAUGACUGAUAUUGUAUUGUCUACUGAGCAAGUGCUAUGUUUUAUGUUUGUCAACUACAAUGAAAUUUGAAACUUUUAAUAAAGCUUUUAAUAAAGUCA